CUAGGUAUCGAUAUUCAUGUCCACUGUAUACUUUAUUGCAUACUGAAAAUCAUUUAAAACUGUUAAAAUGUGCAGGAAUAUAAAAUAUAUUUUAUUGUUGUUAAGUGCAGUCUUGUUUUUUGGCUUAGUGGUAUCAUCAACGGACAAGGCUGACCCAUAUAAAAUUCUAGGAAUAGUAAAUCAUGCAACAGUUCAAGACAUUAGAAGAGCAUAUAAGCAUUUGGUUAGGGUUUGAUCACUAUGGAUGUAGAUACACCUGUCGCAACCCCGCCAAYCGCUCGCGUUACCAAUGCGCCACGCACCGGGCCUACAUCAACRCCCCGAACUGUGGCUGCAACAACGCCGACACCGGAUAAGGUGCCCCAUCUGUCGACGUCCUCAUCGUCUUCACCAUUGUGGAAUUUUUAGGGGUAUGCGGCCUUUACAAUGGCAGUAACGGGCAUUCUCUCAACUGCCUGUCGCACACUCAUGCUACUACAGAGUGUGAGUCGCGGCGGCUGUGCCAAAUGUGUCACCGGCCGCAUCAUACUCUGCUACAUCGCAGCUCGUCACGCGGAGCGCACCGGCCACCCAACCAUCGCGGCCGUGUCUUCCGACUUCCACCCGCCGAUAGUGUCAUACACCAGAGGAGUGUAACCUCGUUGCGGCGAAUUCGUCACGAGGCAUCUAGCGAUUUCUCCAAUGGUACUGUAAAAUCUUUCCACCUACCCAUUAGAUCCAUUCCCAGAAAGAAGAAACCGAGUAGGCAAAAGAUAACGUGGAAAAAGCCGAAGAGGCAACGAAGAAUUCGUAACAAAAAUCAGGCAGAAAGAACAUUCGGUGUGGGCGAAACAGUUCUCAUCGAGUCAAAUAAACGCCAAGGAAAUAAGCUCACUCCCUUGUAGCGAGUAUCCUUAUCAUAAGGAUAAUGUGCGUUUGUUAAAGCUAAUAACCCUCUCCACGUAUCCACCCGCC